AUGCCUACAGUACCAUUCAAGGUCAAAGCGGUCUUCGAAUACAAGUCGGACGAGCCGGAUGAUUUGAAUUUCGAAAAUGGACAGAUAAUCACCGUUACCGAUGAGGAGGACGCAGACUGGUACACCGGAGAAUACGUGAAUGCUUCUGGAGAAAAGCUGGAGGGGAUUUUCCCCCGGAAUUUUGUCGAGAAAUAUGAGCCGGCCAUUCCUUCACGGCCAGCAAGAGCUCCAAAGCGUGCACCCGUCCCUGAUGCCGCAGAAUCUGUCCCAGAACCUCCGGCACCACCACCAGUCCCUCACCCAGCCGAGCUUGCUGAGACAUUGCAGGAAGAGGAGAGAGAGCUUCCCAGGGAGGCCGCGCAACCGAUUAAAGAAGAACCUGUAGUGUCGCCACCAGUGACAAUGCCUUCCGCUCCUGAUGCACCAGCGUUACUAUCGAGGUCUCCUCCCCCACCAUCGGCGUCAAAGGCUCCUCCUGUGGCGGAGAAACCAACAUCGAGUUCCUUUAAGGACCGGAUCGCUGCUUUCAAUAAACCUGCUGCGGCACCAGUCGCGCCUUACAAGCCAGGAGGCAAUACCAGCUCUGGGUUUAUCAAGAAACCAUUCGUCGCACCUCCACCUAGCAGGAACGCCUAUGUCCCACCGCCUCGCGAGCCCCCUAUCCAAAAACCAUACAGACGUGAGGAAGAUUCCAGUUUCAAUGAGCCGGAGCCGAGAGAGGCUCCUGCAACAGAUUCUCUUCCACAAGAGACUGAAGCGAAUGAUCCGCCGAAGCCUCAAAGUCUGAAAGACAGAAUAGCAUUGCUGCAGAAACAACAAUUGGAACAAGCCGCACGUAAUGCCGAGAAGAAAGACAAGCCAAAGAAGCCACCGAAGAAACGAAUGGAGCUUUCUGAAGAUGUUGAGCAAGUCCCCGCGGCAGAGCCAGCUCUGGCCCAAAUACACACCAAUGAGACGGUAGGUCGUCCAUCUGGUGAUAUGGCCGAGGAGGAAGAUGACAUUGCUCGUGGGCCUCCACCGCGCCGCUUGUCUGGUCUCGCUAUCGUCACGCCGCAGCCUCAACCGUCACGCGAACUGGUGAGCGAUACGAACGACGCCGAUGAUUCUGGUGCCGGAGAUGACGAGGACGCUCAUGAGACAUCUACUGAGGAAGAGAGACCGAAGUCUAAAGGCAUUGAUCAGCCAAGCCCCGAAGCUCCCAGGAAGAAAUCGGCUGAGGAUGAUCGGCGAGCGGAGGCCGAAGAUGAAGACGAUGAAGAGGAAGAGGAAGAGGACCCAGAAAUUCGUCGGAGAAGAGAACUGCGGGAUAGGAUGGCCAAGAUGAGUGGAGGCAUGGGAAUGAUGGGCAUGUUUGGACCACCGGGAGGGAUGGGUUUUCCUGGAGCAGCAAGGAAGCACAAACCUGCGGAUACCAGUCGCCAGACCUCGGAGGACCAUGAACAGGAACAAUCUCAAGAAAGAGCGGCACCAGUGCGCGUUAUAGCAUUGCCCGGCAUGUCUAUUGCGACUCCGAAGCGACAAGAGGAACCGGAACCCGCUGAAGAGAGUGAUGAGGAACAGACAGCACGGCCUACACCUCAAGAAUCCGCGGUACAAGCCGAGACUGAUGACUACAUCUCCCGGCCGCCACAGCGACGCUCCACAGAUCGUUCUGUCCCUCCACCUCUGCAGGCUCGACCACCUCCUCCGGCACCCCCUCGCGAAGACCGAGCCGUUCCACCACCACCUCAGUCUCCUACCUCGCGCCCUGUGCCGCCUCCAAUUCCGACAAUGCCUCCGGCUUCGGAGUUGAAACCGGAUCAGGAAGAUGAUUAUGAGGACGAGGGCCCUGAAGACGAUGUUCCGGUCAAGUCACCAAUUGCAGAACCCGCGACCAGCCCUCUUGGAGUUCCUCCCGCCCCUCCCAUCAGAAUUGCCGAGCAGCCGAAGUUGGAUACAUCUGAAAACGCCGUAUCUCCCGCUGCUGCUGAUAAACGCGCCAGCCGUCCUCCUCCGCCGAUCCCUAUGAGUCCAUCAGCCGCUUCUCCUCAGACAAGAGCUCCCCCCCCUCCUCCGCCAGGCCUUCCGCCCACUCGACGCUCAACGAGCGAUUCUCGGGGGUUCGGGACUGUUCAAUCUCCCCGGGCUGAUGGAAGCGAUGACGAAGAAGUGACAGAAUACGACGGAGAUUACGACACUGACAUCGCUUCUAGUGCAAAGCACAAGGAUGCUCUGAAAUCUCAUAAUCGAGAUUCCAGUUUUGACGAGGGAAUGCUCACAGAUGAUGCGAUGAAGCCUCCCAAGAGUCCACCGGCGAGGGCCGUACCUCCAUUGCCCCCGGUUGCUGCACCACGAGAUAUCCCGCCUCCACCACCUCCUCAAUCUGCUCCAAAGCCGAGGAAGUCGAUGGAUGCUCCUCGUGCAGCUCCUCCUCCUAUCCCACCCCCUAAAGUGGCUGAAGAUGAUGAAUAUGACCCAUACCGAUAUUCUGGCCCCCAACACAGCACAUCACUUCAUCCUAGCAAGGCGCCAUACUCUACCAUGUUGCAAUCCCCGAAAGAGGAGAGGGAAGAAGAUGAUAUGUAUGGUGUAACUCCCCAGCAAACUCAUAUUCCACCUCUGCCUGCCGAAAGAAGUGCUCCUCCGCCGCCGCCGCCAACUGAGAGGGUGGAUUACACGCCACCUCCAACCUUUGCUCCCCCACCACCUACAGUUUCUCCACGCCAAUCUCUUGACGUGAAGAGAUCCGGCACUGUUUCUCGACGUUCAAUGGACCAUUCUCGGACGAGUGGCGAACAGGGGUAUAUUGCUCACGAUAUCGACCUAGGAAGAGACUCGAUGUGGUGGACCCAGGAAAACGUACCGCCUCCGUCAUUGUACGGGCGACCUGACGUCCUUUAUGAGAUGGAGACCUCUUCCUCAACAAAACGAAGAGGAAAGACAAUGGUUUCAAGGGACAUCUACGUCCUGUACAUGGAUUAUUCUCAGACGACUAUCAAUGCCAGCUUUGAUGCGUCUGAUCCGUCUCACGUCACAUUAGAGCAGCAUCACCAGCGUCCGCCAGCGGCACCUAGACGCGACCAACUCGAAAACGCUUCGGGACAGUUUGGUGCACAGAUGGCCAGGACCGCCAGCAGCCUCGCGGGCACCACGGUUGGCGAUGGAUCGGCUCGAGCACUCGUUCUGGGGCUGCUGAAGCAACAUUCCACAGCUUUAUUACCGGUUGGGACAAGAGCUUAUGGCGCUCUCGUCUAUGCCAACCUGGGCAAUGCGUCGACCCAACAAUUCGACGAAAUUCGCCCAGGAGAUAUUGUCACUUUCCGCAACGCAAAGUUCUCAGGCCACAAGGGGGGCUUGCAUGCGAAAUACAGUGUGGAUGUUGGUAAACCAGAGCACGUGGCAGUCGUGAUAGACUGGGAUGGGACGAAGAAGAAGAUCCAUGCAUGGGAGCAAGGCCGGGAACUCGAGAAGGGGAAGAAGCCCAAAGUCAAGGAAGAGAGUUUCAAGGUUGGUGAUUUAAAGAGUGGAGAGGUCAUGGUGUGGAGAGUCAUGCCGAGAACUUGGGUGGGCUGGGAUACUGGCAAGUCUUGA